AUGGCGGAUAAAAUAUACUACCCCAAUUCGGAGCUUGCGAAGACGGCGCAUUGCAGUAGCAUGGAACAGUACAAACGGAUGCACGAAAGGUCUAUAAAGGAACCGGUGCAAUUCUGGGGUGAGAUCGCUAAGCAAUUUUAUUGGGAGACGCCAGCGGUGGAGGAGAAAUUUUUCUCCUACAAUUUCGAUCUGAGCAAGGGUGACGUUUUCAUCAAGUGGAUGGAAGGAGCAUCGACGAACAUAAGCUUCAAUUUACUCGACAAGAACGUUAAGAGCGGAAAUGGCGAUAAAAUUGCGUUUUACUGGGAGGGAAACGAUCCGGAGGAUUAUUCGCGAUUGACCUAUCGAAAGUUGCUCGAGGAGACGUGCAGAUUCGCGAAUGUCCUCAAGUCGAAAGGUAUCACCAAGGGGGACAGGGUGGUGAUUUACAUGCCGAUGAUCCUAGAGCUGCCGAUAGCCAUGCUGGCUUGCACGAGGAUAGGGGCGGUUCACAGCGUGGUGUUUGCAGGAUACUCGUCCGACUCUUUGGCGGAACGCAUACUCGACUCGAAAGCCAAGGUCCUCAUCACCUCGGAUGGCGUAUGGAGAGGCGAGAAAUUACUCCUAUUGAAAAAUAUCUGCGACGAAGCCUUGAACAAAGUGCAGAGGCACGGCCAUCAACUCGAGUGCUGCGUGGUUAUCGCGCACUUGAGACGGCUCAGUAAUCCAGAGGGUAGGAUGAAAACCGGGGUAAAUGGCACCGGUAACGGCAACGUUACGGAGACGGCCACCAAUGUUAGCUGGAACGACGAUCGAGACGUUUGGUGGCACGACGAGAUGGAGGACGCGGAACCGAGUUGUUAUCCAGUUUGGAUGGCCGCCGAGGAUCCACUCUUUAUCCUUUAUACGAGCGGUUCCACCGGCAAACCGAAAGGCGUUCUCCAUACCACUGCCGGAUACUUGAUUUACGCGGCGACCACUUUCAAGUACGUUUUCGACUAUCAUCCGGGUGAUGUUUAUUGGUGCACCGCCGACGUUGGAUGGAUCACCGGACACACUUAUGUGGUUUACGGCCCAUUGGCGAACGGUGCAACGUCCGUCGUGUUUGAGGGCACGCCUUUCUAUCCGGACAACGAUCGAUACUGGUCGAUCGUCGACAAAUACAAGGUCACGCAAUUUUACACGGCGCCUACCGCCAUCAGGUCGUUGAUGAAGUUCGGCGACGAUUUCGUGAAAAAGCACAGCUUGUCCUCGCUCAAGGUCCUCGGCUCGGUAGGCGAACCGAUCAACAGCGAGGCUUGGCUCUGGUUUUACAAUCUUGUCGGUCACGGUAAGUGCAGUAUAGCGGACACUUUUUGGCAAACGGAGACUGGCGGCCACGUGAUUACCCCGCUACCAGGUGCUACGCCUAUGAAACCAGGCUCCGCGACGUUUCCGUUCUUUGGGGUUUUGCCGGAGCUGCUCGACGAGGACGGUCGUGUAAUCGAGGGCGAAGGAGAGGGAUAUCUCGUCUUCCGUCGACCGUGGCCGGGUAUGAUGCGGACCCUUUACGGAAAUCACCAACGUUUCCAGAACACGUACUUUGAUCGAUUCAAUGGGUUUUACUGCACCGGGGAUGGAGCGAGACGCGACGCAGACGGAUACCUCUGGGUAACCGGUCGUAUCGACGAUAUGUUGAACGUUUCCGGUCAUUUAAUGUCAACUGCCGAAGUGGAGAGUGUAUUGGCGGAACAUUCCUCGGUAACCGAGGCCGCGGUGGUCAGCAAGUCGCAUCCUGUCAAGGGUCAAUGCUUGUACUGUUUCAUCACGCCGACCGUGGGGGUAGCUUUUGACGAGAAACUGCAAACCGAGCUUAAAAAGAAGGUUCGCGAGAGGAUUGGCCCGUUCGCUCAACCGGACGUCGUCCAACACGCCCCGGCUCUACCAAAAACAAGAUCGGGCAAGAUCAUGAGACGUAUGCUGAGAAAAAUUGCAGCGGGCGACAGGAAUAUCGGGGACACAUCGACACUAGCCGACGAGACUGUCAUCCAACUUCUCUUCGAUUUGAGGCCAUGCGUUUAAAGAGACGCAUCCCUCUCACACAUACACCCUCCCCGGAGAAAUGAAAGUAUUUUAAGAAAAAAAAAAAACUUUCCGUGCGACAUUUUCACUGGAGCGAGAUCGGUCUCUAGUUUCAUAAAGACAAACGCAAUAGAUUGCACCGAAUCGAUGUACAUGAUCUAUACGUAGCGAUUACGCACGCUAUCGGAAACGUUGCACGCAUUUUUAUCGCAAGAUAUUAUCGUAUUCAUGUUCAGCCGUUUAUUUCGCAAUUAUGAACGUACAAGCGCGAGAGACCGUUAGUGUUAAUUCUCUUUCUUCCUGAUUAAUCGAAUCAAAUUGCCAAUUGGUCUCGAAAAGUAAAACUGACAGCUAUCACAUGCCCCUUUCGUCUUUUUCUCCAAGUUUCCAAAUGGACGGGAACCGUGCCGAAGAUACAUGAAAGUAACGGUUCGUUAAUGGAAUCGUCAAAUCGACAGAAAAGAAUUAAUUCACUGCGAAUUAUUAGUGGCUCUCGUGAAACAGCCGUUAUGGCCGUUAUGAUACAUAUCUCUCACUACAAGUAAGCGUUACUAUGAUAAGUAGCUCAGGGUUUCCUCUUGUCGAGCCGAAAAUGUUGGGUUUUCAAAAACUGAUCGAAAAGACUAGAGAAGCGAAUCUGUCUAAAGAGCGCUCUCGAAACGAGUAGAUGCACUGCGGCGUAAUAAGUAGCAUGCGGAUAAUAUAAAGCACCAGGCUACAAUCGCUUGCACGAUUACUGUUAUUUAAAUGACGAAGAGAGCGUAUGCCGAUACGGAGGAUACCGCGAAAAGGAUAGUCGUCCGCUUUUCGCACACAGUUUCGUGUUAAAAUUAUCGAUAUAUACGUGUGUCGAUAAUUACAGAAUGUUACAGGAUACUUGCUGUGCGUUUCCCUCCAGUUACAUAUUCUUUGACGAGUCUAAAAUUUUCUUGAGAAACAAACCGUUCGUUUUUCAACCGUUUAAAGAAUAUGCGAAUUGAUGGAAAGGUUGAGAGCAUGAAUACACGUGGAUAAAAGUUGCCUCGUACUCCCUGCCUGGGAGUCACAUCACAUACAUAUCAUUCCUCGUGGAACAAAAAACGAUUUUACGUGUGAUAAUGUACAUGUACAAGUAUGUAGAUACAAAACGGCCAACGCAUAAGUAAUGGAAAUGGCUAUAUAAAAUUAUAGGUAUAUAAAAUUAUAUAUAUGCAUGUAUAUAUGUUAUGAAAUUACGAGAAUGUCAUAAUUACGAAUUGUUCUGUUAAACGUU